GUCAAGUCGCAUCCAACCAAAUCUAGCCGAGUCGAGUCGAGUCGUUCCGCUCCACUUCGGGCUCGGUCGCGAGCGAGCAAGGAAAAAGGGAUAAGCCAGCAGCAGCGGGAGACGAGACGACUAGCGAGCGGCUCGCGCGACGAAAGGAAAAGAGGAAACAUCGAGCGAGGAGGAGAAAAAAAAAAAAGAGGAUAAGGAAGAGGGGGAGGCGACUCGUACCCGCGGUGCCCACCGCGCGCUCGUGCCCGCCGUCCGCCCGCGCCCUCCAGAUCCGCCGUUCCCCGGCGCAGAUCCGCCGCGCGCACGCGAGGGGCUCGCCCGCCUCGGCCCGGAUCCCGAGCUAGGGUUCGCGCCGCCUCAGAUCCAGCGUCCAGAUCUGCGGCGACCCGCUGGCGCCGGGCAACAUGACGCCGACGGUGCUCGUGGACUACGGGCCGCAGCGGCAGAUUAAGCGGAGCUACGACGAAAUAUCCUACAGGGCCGCUGCGCCGCCCCGCGGGUACGCGGAGACGGUCGGCGAGUCGGGCAGCCCGGUGCGCGUCGACUCGGAGGACUCCUCCGCGCCCAAGCGCAAGUGCAUCAGCCUCAACAGCGACGCCGGCGGCUUCGUGCUCAAGCGCGAGACCUUCGUCCCGUCCAAGCUCUCGUCGUCCGAGCGCCGCUACCUCCGCAAGAGGUUCCGGUCGGAGCUCGACUCGGUCCGGGAUCUCCUCAAGAAGCCCGAGUUCUCGGCCAUUGUCCCCGUCGUCAGCAGGGCGCCCGCGUUCUCGUCCUCGGCCGCCCCUCGGCCCAAGAAGGUGCAGCGGGGCAGCCAUGUGGUCCGUGGCGCCAAGGGCCGCUUCCUGCCCACCAAGCCCCGCCCCGAAGCCUCCUCCGCGGCGACGCCGUUGCCCGAGGCUACCGUCAUGAAGCAGUGCGAGGCCAUUCUCAAGAAGCUCAUGACUCAGAAGUGUAGCCAUAUUUUCAAUGUUCCAGUCGACGCGGAGAAGCUCAACAUUCCGGAUUAUAACGACAUUAUCAAGCACCCCAUGGACCUCGGGACGAUCAAGGCCAAGCUGGACUCUGGUGCCUACACGAGCCCGUCUGAUUUCGCAGCGGAGGUUCGGCUCACCUUCAACAAUGCGAUAACGUAUAAUCCCCGCGGGCAUGCAGUGCACGAUAUGGCCAUUCAGCUCAACAAAAUGUUUGAGGCUAGAUGGAAGACGGUAGAGAAGAAGUUGGCUUCUGCCCCUGCUAAGCCACAUGUUGAGGUUGCCAGGGCUGACUCUAAGAGGAGGAAGACCCCUCCUGUGGACCGCAGUGACCUGUCAGUGGAGGGUGUCAGGCCAACCGAGGCUGCUAUGCCAAAGAUGACGGACGCCGAGAAAGAAUCCUUUGGAAACUGCCUGGCUACUUUGUUUGAGGAUCCAGACCAGUUGCCUGGUCACAUCAUUGAUUUGUUGCAGCAGGAUAUUCCUAACAAUCCUGAUGAGGCUGGCGAUGGGGAGGUAGAGAUCGAUAUCCAUGCACUCAGUGAUGACGUGCUAGUAGAGCUGAAGAAGCGCGUGGACAAGUUUUUGCAAGAGAGAGAUAAGCAGCAUACAAAAUCCGAGCCUUCGGAGAAUGAGGCCGUGGGUGUAUCUGGCCUCAGUCACUCGUCCACAGAUCCCUGCAAAGGUGGUGAGCCUAUCGAGGAGGAUGUGGACAUUUGUGGCAAUACAUCCCCUAUACUGAUAGAGAAGGAUCCACAAAUCAAAGCUAGCAAACUUGGUAGCCCAAGUAGUUCCAGCAGUGAUUCUGGAUCUUCGUCCAGCGAUUCUGACUCUGGCAGUGACUCCGAAAGUGAAUCGGAAAAAGUUGGUAGCCCAGCAAAGCUUGCAAAGGAUGUUAUGGUACCUGAACAACCCGCAGAGCAACCCACAGAGCAAGAAAAGAGUGAUGUCAUCAGUCCUGUUGAUGCUAACCAAAAUGCUGCUGAUGCUGAACUUCGUGAGCAGGACAACGAGUCUAAGGCUGCACCGGAGGGGGAGAAUGCAAAGCCUGAUAGCCAAGUCUCCCCUGAUAAGCUCUUACGAGCAGCUCUUUUGAGGAGCCGUUAUGCUGAUGUAAUUGUGAAAGCUCAUGGGGUUCUUAGCCAGGGUGAGGGUGGAGAUACACAGGAGGAGCUGGAGAAACUGCAGAAGGAAGAAAAAGCACGGCUUUUGGCUGAAGGUAAUGCAGCUAUGGAAGCUCGCAGAGCUGAAGCUGAAGCCGAAUCUAAGCGUAAGCGUGACCUCGAGAGGGAGAAGGCUCGUCAGGCCUUGCAGGAGAUGGAGAGAACUGUAGAAAUUAAUGACAACGUCCAUCCCAAGGACCUAGAAAUGCUUGGGACAGCUACUACAGAGCAUAUUGUGAGCUCCGUUGAUGAGACAAGUCCUGAGCACUCCCAGGAUGGCAUGCCUAGUUUUCUUCCUGGUUCUGGCAGCAUGUUGGAAAAACUUGGACUGUUUAUGAAAGUAGAUGAUGAAGAAGAUGAGGAAGAGGAGCCAAGUGUUCCCAGUAGCAACGAUGGGGAGGAAGAAGAGCCAAAUGUUAACAGUAGCAAAGAUGGGGAGGAAGAAGAGCCAAAUGUUACCAGUUGCAAAGAUGGGGAGCAAGAAGAGCCAAAUGUUACCAGUAGCAAGGAUGGGGAGGAAGAAGAGCCAAAUGUUACCAGUAGCAAUGAUGGGGAGGAAGGAGAAAUCAACUAAUGCCCGUUGGCAUGUUAGGUAGCUGACCUUUUGGUUGGAGAGAACAAUGGCCUAUUUCAGCUGAUGCGCAUGGGCAAUUGCUGGAUACCUGUGCACAGAGCAGACAUUUUUUCUGGAAUGGCGCACAAAGGCCCUCGAUGCUGCUGGAGGUGUUAAAACUUUGGGCUUGCAGGAUGCAGGGUCAUGCCCUUGAAGGGAGAAUCGAGAUCGAGGCCACCCUGUACAGCUGCAAAACAAAAUGUGAGUUCAUUUCUCAGAUGAACUGUUUCUCGCGGAAGAAUCAAGACGUCAGUGCAAACUUUUGUCGGGUGUAGAUAAAGCUCAAGUCGAGCCUUGGAAAUACAAGAGGACCAAAUGGUUCCUGUCACACUCACCUCCUUCUGCACUGUGAUCCUUUAUGCUUAUUCCCCUAGCGGCUAGUCAGCAUAGCUUUUCUCUUUGGUUGCUUCUUCGUGUUGUAAAUUCAAAUUUUGUAGUCGAGGAAGUGCAUAGUUGUUUACUGGGCAUCUGAAAAAAGCAUUUGUAAACCCUCCUGAUAAAAUUGUUGAAACAGGAAAAAUGCAAAUGUUGGUGCAUUGUUUGUUUGCC